AUGGAGGAGGCACCUGAUGGGCCGUAUGGCGACAUCGAGGCGAAAAUUGCACGUGCCGAGCGAGUUCUCGAGCAGCGACGCUUGCUCGUCGAAGAACUCGAGAACCUGGGAGCAGAGUCCCGGAGAAUCCUCGGCGACUUGGUACCGGGGUUGCGGACUUGGAUCAGAUCGCUGCAACCAAGCAGCAAAGGCCCGGGUUCCCGACUCGGCUGGCGGGAUGCCUUGAACAAGGACCACGAGGACUGGCAAGCUGACCCGGACAUGGCCCAGCUACUGGCCAAGGUCAUCGACCAAGAGUCCCAGAUUGUGUACGAGAGAGCAAAAUGGGAGAUAAUGAAGCGGUGUCAAGCCCUGAUCGCCGUCGGCACCAGCGCCGCUUUCCCAAGGUCACCGCCCGAGGUGCUCCCCAUGGGAGAUGAUAAAGUGGUGAGGCUUAGAAAGCCGCCAAAGGGGAGAUGGAUCUCGGUUGAAGCGGUGGUGGACAGCGGUAAUGAGUGGAUCAAGAUGAUCUCUCUCACCGAGAAGACCCUGCUCUAUCAGAUGGCCGAAGCCGGUUGCUGGGAUGACAGCGAUGACGAAGAUGAAGACGAAGAAGAAGCUAACGAGGGAGACACUCCCACGGGUGGCGAGACUCCGCCAAGACUGAGUGCUUCCGAGGAAGAGAUCGCGCUGGUCAAAACGAUCAAGGACCUGGUUUUCGCAGCUCGCCUCAACCACACACGGAGGCUGCGCAUAAUAUUCACCAAGAUCGAGCACGGCCGGACAAAGGAAGUCGACAAGCUCUUGGAGAGGAUACGCUCGUCCUGUGACCACGAAAACAUGCUCAUUUUCGACUUUUCCAACGGUGAUUUUCUGGCGCAGACGCCACCGCCUCUCGACACUGCCAUCGAAAACCUGCUCAAACGGGACCCAUUCGUCGAUAUCACAGAAACCGCAAAUUUGGAUCCUAGCGCGAUGCUAGGGCUUAUCUCAGACGUCAACCAUGGGGAAGUUGAGAAACAAGGUCCGGAGCAGAAAAUGAUACUGAACCGGGCCCUUCAGUUUCUCGAAGACUCUGCCUCCCUACCACGGGACGAGGUCCUGGUCAAGAACAUCUAUCCUGCAUUACAGGGGCGCAAAUUAGUCUGCACACGUUCUGCAGCCCAGUAUUUCCGAAGGGUCGUGAAUCUUCUGUCGACCGACACGGAAAUGGAGCGGACCUCACUGGUAUUGCAGGCUGAUAUCGCUGAGGGCGAGCAACAAAAGCCAGCAGACCAGCUCCUGCGCGAGUUCCAGGCCCUCACAAACUACCCUGUUCCUAGCGAUCUGCGGCUCCCGAUCGAGAUUGUCGACGACUUCACUGCAGCGGACGUGCAGCCCGCAAUAGACAAGGGGAUCCUGCCCAAGAUGGCUCUCGCUGUGUCAAAGGAGAUCUCGGACAUGAACCGUUCUAUCUACUUCCACGGCUGGGCGAAGGGCAUCACUACGGUCUCCUCGCAUCGCGGUGUUGUCAGACAGGUUGAGCUUCUCGUAGCCAAGAACUGGGAGAAGCCCGGCGACUACGGCCCGCACACGUGGCAGCGCUGGAUGGCUGGGUUCUUGCUGUACCGAGAUAAGCCCAAGGACUGGCUGGAGAUUGUGGGAGGCACGGCUCCGCCGGAGCUGCGGCGGUGGCCGGAUGGCAAGACGACAUGGGGUCGUGGCAUCAACAUAUUUGGCAUCACGGAUAGUCCGACAUGGGAGGGCGUGGGAACGUGGGUAGAAGAGAAGGAUUGA